AUGGAAAAUAAUCUAUCAAAGCUAACAUCACUUGCCUCACAAUCAGAUCUAAAUAUUAAUUCUUCAUCAACUUCUUCUUCUUCUUCACCAACAACUACUCCAAAUAAUGGUAUAACACAAACCCAACCAAGCAUUUCAUCAGAUGUGCCACCACUUCUUCCCACAGCACCUACUGUACAUUCCUCAUCUAAUUCACCAAUAACUACUACUACCACCACUACUACAACAACAAACACACAUACAUCUACUCCAGAAAUAAUAGCAUCCCAACCUAGCUCAGAUUCAAACUCAACCUCUACAAGUACUUCAAAUAGUACAGCAGGGAAACCAAAGAGACAAAGAAGAAGUUAUAGUUGUGGGCCAUGCAAACUAUUGAAAAUCAAAUGCGAUUUACAAAUACCUUGUUCGGCUUGUAAGAAGUUUAAAAGAAUAAAUCGAUGUUUAUUACAACCUCCUCAACCUCCUUCAGAACAGGAGUUGAACAAAAUAAAAGAACGCAAAAAGAGAUCAAAUAUCAAGAAAAUGAGAUUAUCAAAUGAUUUUGUCCAGACUUAUAAUACCAGUUCCGAUUGCAUUCCUUCAUUAGCAAGUUCUAUAGAUGCAACAUCUUUGAAUUUGGAAAAAUUAAACCGUUUGGAUGACAGUUCAUUGAAUUCGCAUUCUCAUAAAGGUCCAUCAGCCACUUCGUCCUCAUCUUCUUAUACUAAUACUAAUAAUAGUAAUGGUAAAGGCAGUAAAAACACACAUAAUAACAGUGCAUCCACUAUUCCAUCCCAAAGAGUUACCCAUUCGUUGAUUCAAAUACGGCCACGUCAACCAAGAUUCCAACCCGAAACUACGACAACAGAAAAUUACCAUUCCAUAAACUUUUUAACUACACCAACUGCCAAAGGAGCAAAUCAAACAACUGUCAAUUUUGAUGACAAUAUUCACGCGGGAGAUAUUAUUGAGAAUUUAGCUUCCCUAGAUCGUCAACGAUUCAUUGAUCUUACAAUGGUUGAUAUCAAGAGGAUAAAGAGACUUUUGCCUCGUGAUUACAGCAUAUUUGAAACAUUGGCCAAGUAUUAUUUAAAUAGUGUCAAUCCUAUCUUGGUUGAUCUUCAGGACCAUACGGAAAUUAUGAAUCAAAGUAAAUUGACAUAUGAUAAAUUAUUAGCAAUUGAUGAUGAAAACCCCAAAAAUUUAAGUUUGAAUAUCCCAUUCAAUUUAAUUGAAUUGAGAAAUUUGAGCUUGCUGUUUUUAAUUUUGGCAAAUGGGUUGUUGUUUGAUUUUCGUGAUACUAGUGCGAAUCCAAGUAAUUUCCUUCUUGAAAAGACAUUAUACAAACCUAAAAAGGAUAUUAUUGACGACUGGAUUAAAAUUUCCAAGUUUAUUAAAGUUAAAGUUUUAUCGUACGAAAGUUUAACUGAUAUUAUUUUUUUAAUGGACUGGUACUUGAUUGCAAAGAAUUUUUACGAUUAUAAUAACAUGAUGGUCGAUAACUAUCUCGAGUAUAAUAAUUUGUUAAACUAUCUAGUUUUGAGUAAUGAUUUUAUCAGUACCGUUGAAGACCCCAAUAAUGAAAAUAGCUCAUCUCCAGGACCAGAAUGUUCCAAAGACGAUAGUCCAUAUCCAGAAUCGCGAGUGUUUAAUGUAUUGGCCAAAUAUUGGAUACAAAUCCGAUUAGUUGAAAUUGAGUUUACAUUCUUUCAGUUUAAAGGAUCAUUAUUGCUUUCAAAUCAAUUGAAAAACACGGUCGUUCCUCAUAAAAAAUUGUUGGAUUUACUUUAUAAACAAUCUCAAUUGGAUUCAAUUAGUCAAAGUACACUUGAAGUUUGGGGAUUAUACUACCGAAGAUCAAGAAAUACCACUUCUAUCAGAGGUAUUAUCAAAGAUUAUUUACUAUUGUAUUCUUAUAUCCAUGCAACAUUGAAGAAUGAAUUAAAAUUCUUGCAGGCCAAUUUACCACCGCCAGAUUCACCAGUCACAUCACUCGAAGUUGAAUUGUUGAUCAAAAAUCAACGUAUUUUGUUGUUAUUUAUUAAAUGGUUAUCCUUCAUCAGAAUUGAAUCAAACUAUUUCCCAAGUUUAAGAUACACAACAUACUUAACCACAAUCAUGAAUUUGUUUAAUCAUUUUCUAUAUUUAAAUGGUAGAUCCAAUAAUGCGAUAUUGACUACUAUAUUAACCAAUUAUUCCGCAUGUUACAUGAAACAUUUUUACCAGUGUUUGGCCUUCCAAGGGUUAUUUUUGGUAUUAUUGAAGAAUUCCAUUUCCACUCAUAAAUGUUUCAAGAUUGAUUUGCCAAAGAUUUAUCAUUACAUGGUGCAACAAUUUCAAAGUGCAUUGAGUGUAUUUUUGAAUAAUGAAGAUAUUAUAAAAUUGAAUGCAAACGUAACUAGUUUUGGUAUUUGCUCAGGAUUAAUUACUGAGUUGAAUAAUUAUAUUAAUGAUUUCAAUGAACCGAUAGAUGAUUUGACUGAUUUGAUUUAUGAUUUAAAACCAAGAAUAAGUGCCAUAAACUGGGAUUUUUUAAUUGAUUAUUUCUUUGGAUCAAGAGAUAAUUUUGCUAGAUACAUUGAAAAGAUUUGGGACUUGUUUCAGUUUUUGAAGAUUGAUGAUACUGAUCUUAGUUACGAAGAUACUGCCGAGUUGAAACACAUUCCAAUUACUCAUAAAAUUGAUUUAAAUGAUCAAUUAAUUGAUGAAAACCUUGGCAAAUUCUCUGGAUUUGAAUUUGAUACUGAUAUGGUGAAUGAUUAUGUCAAACAUUGUGUUGAACCAAAUAUCCACAACUAA